AACUCGAGUAGCCGAGUAACCUACAGUACUCACGCGAUUUUCGAGUGCGGAAUAAGCCAAAAUGUCGGCACAAAAGUACAUGAUCGGUCUGACCUUCCUAAUCGCUGUUCUGCUGGCUAUCAACACCGUACCCGCUAGUGGUGCCAUCGAUCAGCACGCUACCAACAAAUCGAACCAUCUGAUUGUCGGCAGCAGGGUGCCCGGUGAUAGACUCGUAUUCCGGCAGGGUAUUUUCAAGAACUCUUCCUGGAUGAAGGUCGUAAUUGUCGAACAGACCUUCAAUGUCUCGACAUGGCAACGCAUCAGUUUGCUUCAAUCGCUGGAUCAGAAGACAAACGGCAACGGCGCUUCUGCCAGUAUUCUGAGAGGUGGACCCGGCUUUAACAACGUUACCCUUAGGUUCAAGAGCCAGAGAGGUCACAGCAUUAACCACGUCGUUGAGCUUUACGCAUAUUAAUCUUGAUGGAAGCAGCUAUUAUUACGAUUGGUACGAUGACUCUUGAACACUAUCACGCAUACACACACAGAAUAGAAAAGUAAAACAAUUAAUUAUGAAGACAACUAUGUCAACCUCAUAUAUCCUGUAAACUAUUUAUUCUUACAACUAAAAAUGUCUCUCUGCAUAUUCUUGUUAUUCAUUUUCUUUUUUAGUCUCUUCAAUCGUUUGAUAUUUUAUAUUCAUUAAAUAUAUAUAUAUAUCAGCGUAAUUAGCAAAUGUAUACUUUCUUUCAAA